AUGAAAGUCAAGAUCAAGAAGUGGAACGCUGUCGCGACAUGGCGAUGGGACCUACCAGAAGAUGAUGUCUGCGGUAUCUGCCAGGUCCACUUCGACGGAACAUGUCCGACUUGCAAAUACCCUGGGGAUGAUUGCAGUCUCUUAUCGGGGAAAUGUGGUCACAACUUUCAUAUGCAUUGUAUCAUGGAAUGGAUCAAGCAAGACUCUUCCAAAGGCCAAUGUCCCAUGUGUAGACAGAAAUUCGAAUGGGGCCCAGAAGCUGGACUGCAUCAGCAACAAGAGGAGGAGGAACGGCAGCGCGGAUCCGAAGACUGA